UCCGCCGGAGUUGGGAAUUUGUUGAAUUUGGAGUAUCUUGAGGUGAAGAUAUCAUCACCGGGUUUUGGCGAUGGCCUGUCGUUGGAAAAGCUCAAUCCUCUCUAAGAGAUUCGGAACUCUCGAAUCCGAAGAAGCUUCCUCCGUCGCGAAAUCAAUCGAAGACGAAGCUUACGCCGUUGCUUCCGCCGCCGUGAUUAGUGACGACGACGGGAUCGAGAGUCUUAAAACUUAUUCUGAAGAGAUUAGUAAACGUAUGCUUGAAUCUGUGAAAGCUAAGACUAAUGUGGCUUCUCCUCCACCAAAGGAUGGUGAUGGAAUUGAAUUAGCUGCAGAUUCAAAGGUUGAUUCAAGUGGAGAUGUUAAAGAAGAUGACGCGAAUCCAAAGCUUGACGAGGCUUGAACAUGGUGUUGUUCUCUUAUCUCUAAUUAUCUUUUAAAAGACUAUUUUCUUUGUUUAGAUUCGUAUGAGAUUAUCUUUGUAGUGUGACUUGUUGAUUUUGCAUUUCUUAGUAAUAUGAAUUUGUCUUCGCUUUGGUUUUGAGUCUUUUGAUGUUGGAUUCUGGAUGAUUGUGCUUUUUCUUAAUCAUGGUAAAUAACCAUACAGUUACAUC